AUGCAGAACGGUGGACGAGAUUUGGCCAGGAAAUUUGCAGAAGAAUAUAUGCUACGUCAUAUAUGUGAAGGUGGUCGUUUCGUGGAUUGUUUUUCAGGAGUUUGGGAAACCUGCCGUCCAGAUGUUAUCGCUUCGUAUGAUCCUGCGUUGGUACAAAGUGGGCUCGUUCUGGCAGACAACACAAACAGCAGUGUCAUCACGGCGAAACAAGGCGACGAGUACUAUGAAGAAUUCAACUAG